GUACCGUUCUAUUGAUUGGGGUGUGGCGACACCGCAUAGGCCAGUGAAGAGUAUAAGAGUCGCUGUGUCCUCGGGCUGUAUUAUAAUUGAUAUCCCUUCUCUUUUCGACUUCUCGUCUUCUUGAGUUCAACUUGAUAAAACUCAAACAAAAUGACGUACAUUGAAUUCAAGAAUCUUCUACCGUCGAGUAUAGCUGGUGUUGCAGAGGUUUGUGCGGUAUUGUUCUUCACAUGGUACAUCGGAACUGCAGCUAUUACUUGGUACCGCCUUCGUCACAUCCCAGGCCCGUUUCUAGCUUCUUUCUCAUAUUUAUGGAUCAUUAAAAACAAUGUCCUCGGACGAGGUGCACAAGAGCACGAAUCAUUAAGAAAAUAUGGCUCCAUCGUCCGCACCGGUCCACGGUACAUCGUGACCGACGAUCCUGAAAUUCUACGUCGCAUCAACGGCGCCCGGAGCAGCUAUCCCCGUGACGCUUGGUAUAAAGCGAUACGAACAGAGCAGCACGACAAUAUGGGCACAAUUAUUGACACUGCACGACACGAUAGACUGAAAGCCAAACUCCUACACGGAUACAAUGGUCGCGAUAAUGUCAGCAUUGAGGCCAUGGUAGACUUGCAGGUGACACAUCUCGUCGACGUUAUUAAGAGACGAUAUGUGAGCACAAAAGGUGACCCCAAGUCGUUUGACCUCAGUCAAGUCAUCCGUUACUUCACGCUUGAUGUAAUUACACGGUUAUCGUACGGCGAACCUUUUGGCUUCCUGGAUGCGGAGGGGGAUUUGUACAAUUACACGAAUUCUGUGGAUCGUUUAAUUAUGGCUUUGAGCUUGGCAACAGACCUACCGAUGUUAAGGUGGAUAAUAUUUUCGCCAUUAUUGAUAGGUUUCCUGCCGAAAUCUACAGACGAUAAUGGGCUGGGUAAGGUUUUAGGGACCGCUAAGAAUAUUGUGAAAGAGAGGUUCGAAAAAGAAAACUCCGAGAGCCCUGAUAUGAUUGGAGCUUUUAUGCGUCACGGUAUCACUCAGCCGGAAGCCGCCGCUGAAGGUUUCCUGACUAUACUUGCUGGCUCCGACACAACUGCCGUGGCCAUUCGGAGCACUCUGUUGUAUCUCAUGUCCACACCAACUGUCUACCAUCGUCUGAAGAAUGAGAUCCGGGAAGCCAUCCAUAGCCAGCCCAUCUCUACCCCUAUCACGGUAGAGCAAGCCAGAAAGCUGCCAUAUUUACAAGCAGUCAUACACGAGGGCUUCCGCAUGCGGCCACCUGCUGUUUAUGGCCACUAUAAGGUCGUACCUCCAGAAGGAGAUACCUUGAAUGGGCUCCACAUUCCAGGCGGCACUGCCAUCGGCCACAACAGUAUAGCUAUGAUGCGAAGCCAAAAGAUCUUCGGUAGCGAUGCUGAUUCGUUCCGACCCGAGCGACUUCUAGAGUGCAGCGAAGAAAAGAAGUACGAAAUGGAGCGAACCAUUGACUUGGUAUUCGGGUUUGGUCGUUGGAUGUGUGCGGGCAAGAUGGUGGCGCAGGUCGAGUUGAACAAGAUUUACUUCGAAUUGAUGCGCAAUUUCGACUUCCAGCUAAUUUAUCCUGCCAAGGCAGUUGAUGAAAUGUCAUAUUUUGUUUAUGUCCAAAAAAACAUGUUUGUAAAAAUCACAGCAUCUGUUUAAUACGGUGGAAAAGAGCAAGUUAUCUCAUAGUAUGAUAGUCAGUGCCAAUGAUAAUCUGAUUU